CUGGUUUUCUGUCCGUAUGGUGUUUACGUUUGGUUCGUUAAUAACACACUGCUGGGGGAUUUAAAGUAAUGCUCUAAAAUAAUGGUCACCUUAAAAUGGUAUAUAAUAUUAUAUAUAUGGUUGGCCCUGGUUGUUUUUCAUGUCCGCGGGUUGAAUCGACCCAAAAUAACGUGAUAUUUAGCGCCUGUAAUGCGAAUUUUACCACCCGGAACACGAUUUUUACCAUGGGACCCCCCUGAAAUGCCAUUGGGCUAGUUUUGAGGAUCAGUUGGGCGGGUUUUGUUGUGAAAACCUGGGAACCCUGGAACCAACCCAAGCGAUGCAUACUUUCACUUUCACUCGUUGCAGCAUCAUUCACUAAUGAGCGUGUCUGGUUAUGACUCACAAAGAAUAUCCUGACAGAUUCAGUCACAGGAGGAGCCGGCGAGUUUGUGCAGCUCAGAAAUGAACGGUAUCGCGUUCUGCUGUUAAAAAAACAAAUCGCUAACAGUCCUUUGCUCUGUCUCACUUUCAAUAAGAGUCAUGUCUUGUGGUGGGUCCAUGUCCGCUCCGGUGUGUCUCGUUGAAAAUGAUGAAAAUGGGAAGCUGUGUGUUAAGAAACAGGCUAAAGACAUUCUGGAUGGGAUCAAGGAGCCGGUGGUUGUAGUGUCUGUGGUGGGACUCUACCGUACGGGGAAAUCCUAUAUUAUGAACCGCCUGGCAGGGCAACAGUCCGGCUUUGCUCUCGGUAACACUAUUGAGUCAAAGACCAAAGGCAUCUGGAUGUGGUGUGUCCCUCACCCCACUAAAGAAGGACACACUCUGGUGCUGCUGGACACAGAGGGACUUGGUGACAUGGAGAAGGGGGAUGAGAAACAUGACACGUGGAUCUUCUGUCUGGCUGUUCUUCUCAGCAGCACUCUAGUGUACAACAGCUUAGGGACCAUUGACAACAUGGCACUGGAAAAGCUGCACUACGUUACAGAGCUGACGGAGAACAUUCGUGUGAAGGCAGAAGUGAGUCGAGAUGAGGACGACUCAGCAGAUUUCAUGCGUGUUUUCCCAUCUUUUGUCUGGGCUGUUCGUGACUUCACUCUGGAACUGAAAAAGGGGGAUGACCAGAUAACAUCAGAUGAGUAUCUGGAGAGUGCAUUGAAACUCAAAACAGGUAGCUCAACUCAGACUGAGCGGUAUAACCUGCCCCGCCAAUGUCUGCGUAAUUUCUUUGCGGUGAGAAAGUGCUUUGUGUUCCCUCGGCCGGCUAGUACAAAAAACAUGAGAAGAAUGGAGGAACUGGAAGAAAACGAUCUGGAUUCAGAGUUCCUUGAGCAGGCAAAAACAUUUUGCUGUUACAUUUACGACAAUGCAGAGCCAAAAGUAGUCAGUGGAGGCCGUACUAUUACUGGAACAGCUCUGGGGAAUCUUACUGAGGUUUACAUAGAGGCGAUCCGCAGUGGGAAGGUUCCAUGUUUGGAGAACGCAGUCGUGUCUCUGGCUAAGAUCCAGAAUGUACGUGCAGUGGAACAGGCCCUGGAGUCCUACAUGACCGAGAUGCUCAGCAUGGCUCAGCUUCCUAUGGACCCUGAAGAUCUGUCCAACAUCCACACAGUCGCAGAGAAGAAGGCCACUGUAGUUUUCAUCGCCAUGUCCUUCAAUGACAAUGACCAGAUCUACCAACAAGAGCUCAUGGUAAAAUUUGAUUAUUGUUGUAUUCUGUUUGAAUUUACAUAUAAGCAUUAGCUAGAUUUAGCUAACUUUUCAUACAUUUUAUUUAAAGAAAAUUCCAUGUUGUUUAAAGGAUUAGUUCACUUUCAUAUUAACAUUUCCUGAUAAUUUACUCACC